GGCUCGAGAAGGACGACGAAGCAGUCGAGCAGGUGCUCGAAUCUGCCAGCCGAGACCCGCCCUACCUCAAGGAGUUCGGUUCGCUCGAGGCGGUCAGGGGCUUUUUGGGGGUCGAGCCGAUCCUUCCCAGGCACGGCAUAGCGCGAAAGGUUAAGGACGGCCAGGUCAAGGAACUCGAAGCCUCGAAGGUGACCUUCGCCAGUCGUCGGGCGAAUUGGGUGGUCUGGCAACGGGUCGCGGAUUUGGCGUGUGAUCUGUUGGGCCCGAUGUCCACUUGUAGCUCGGCGGACGGCCUUGAGCUCCUCAAUCCAGACUUUGCCGAUGUUUUCUGGAACGCGCCGUUGGAGUUCGAGGGGCGCCCCCGCUUCGCGGGUCGCGUGAGGGGCAAGUUUUUCGUCUUUCUGCGAUCCCCCUUCGCGCCUGCGCUGGGCGAGGUCGGCCGGGGCCUCGAGAGCGCGCGGAUCCAGACAUUCGUCGACGACCUGGCGAUUGCGGCGCGGGGCACUCGUGGGGCCCGCGACCGCAGGAUGUCCAUGAUCGUGCUGGUGUGGAGACCUUCGGGCUUCCCAUUGGCCUUCCACGAGGCUGGGCGAGGAAGAGUUGCCCCCUGGAUCGGGCGCGCCGCCGCCGUCGACUCCGCGCGCGCCGUGGUCUGGGCGGGGAUGGCGAAG